AUGCAGAAAGUGCCCGACACCGUCCGGGACGGGGACGCGGGCUCCGGCCUGCUAGCAAUGAGCGCGUUGCUCUGGGUUGUGAGGCGGUUCGAUCUCUUGACCGGCGCCCACCGUCGCAGUGUCACCAGCAUGGACAAGGUUUAUGUUACGGGGAUGAAGGGGCUGCGGACUGAGAUGGUAACCUUCAUCAAGAAGCAAGUCGCGCUCAUACGGUCGGGCCGAAACGUAGUUGCGGCCGACGCUUGUGACGACGACGGCGAGGAGGUUCCUUCGGCAUCCCAAGCCGUAGGUGUCGGCCCCACCGUCGCUGAUGCGCGUGGCACGUCGAUCGGAAAGCCGGGAGGCGGCGUCGACGAGGACGAAGCGGCGGCAGGAAAGGGUGUGACCGGGACCGAUGAGAGGCAGCAGGACGAGGUUGGCCAUGAGGAUGAUGAUCGGGUCCAUGAUCGUGAGGAGGAGGGGGGCUCGGAGGAGUCGACGUCGGGGUCGGAGUCGGAGUCGGGGUCGGAGGAGGAGCAGGAGGCUCAGGAUCAGGAGGAGCAGCAGGCGAAGCAGCACGAGGAGCAGCAGCUAGAGGGAGCGGCGGAGGCCGAGCACGACAAGGGGGAGGGGAAGGGUGCGUCAGCGGAGCUCGGAAUGGAGAAAGAGGAGGUCGGCGUGGAGGCGGCUCACGGGGGGAGUGGGAUGGUCAUGGUCGGCGAUGGGACGGACGUUGUCGACCACGAGGCCGUUGGACAUGGGGAUAUCGCCGCGGCCACGAAGCAGACGGGCGUGGAAGUGCCUACCGAUGCCACCGCAGAGAAGGCCGGGGGGGAGCGGUCUAGGAAGAAGAAGUCGGCGAGCGGUCAUCCCGGUUCCACCGCAGCUGGGCGGCAGGCGCGGCUGGACGUCGUCGAGCAGCUGAGAGGGGAGAACAGGCGAUUGCGUGCCGACAAUGCAUGCCUUGAACGGCAGCUCGGUGAGCAGACGGGGCGGGUCGACGCGCUGGCGGCGGCCGUAGCUGGGCUCCUCGACAAGCUGAAAGAUUUGACCGCCCAGGUCGGCGAAACCGACCGGAAAUCGGUGGAGCGCCUCAAAGCGGCCACGUCGACCAUGGCGACCACAAUCACCGAGGGCCUCACCGACAACAUGGAUAGCGCAAUUCAAGCGGGCAAGUCCUUUGCCGAGCUAGCGAGGCAGAUGCUGCUGGAUCUCGACGACCCCAAAGGACGAAUGGCGGUCGCACGCGCGACCGCGGUGGACACUUUGGUCGAGCACGUGACGGCUGAGGUGGGUGAGGCGAGGAAGGGGUUGGAGGAGACGGUCAUUAAAUACAUCAGCGCUGCGCAGACCAACAUUGCCGCCGCCGUCUCUCCCCGCCUCGUCGUUCAGCAGCCGCCGCCGACCGCCCCAGCGCAGGCCUUGUCGGCCGAGUUCCUGAAGUCCUUCAAGGAGGAUGUGCUGAAGGCGGUGACGGAGACCACGCAGCAGUCCUUUCUCGCCUCCGGAUUGAAGAUAAUGACCGAGGUGGUCGGCACGGUGGCGACUGCUCGGCGUGAGUCGUCGCCGUCGGCAAACGACGCCGGCCAAGCGCAACCUACGGAGGCCAAGAAGCAGGGUCGGAAGAGGGGGGAAGGCGGCGGGGGGGGGCGACGGAGACGAUUCGGCGGACGCGAAGCGGAGCAAGGGAGCCGGGGGGGUAGCGGAGAGAAAAGGCUGAGCGGCAAGGAAAAGGCCGCCGCCAAAACGGCCCCAGGCGGUUCCGCGAAAACUGGCCAGGGGCCGACUGCCGGGGUAGCGGAGGCGUCAGCGGUUCCUCACCAGCCUCCCGCGGGUGCACGCCCUCCGACUGGAGCGUCUGCCGGGCGACCUGCCAACGUCCCGCGCCAUGCCGACGUCCCGUCUGCCGACAAGGUUGGCCGCGCGGGGAAAGUGGCGGCAGUUGCUGACGCGCUAAAGGAGCAGCUGAGGCUCCUUGCCGGCCACAAGGCUGCUCAACAGCCUCCUCCCGCUGUCGACGUCCCAUCGGCCGGUGUGCCACGUGUAGUGCCGGUCGUCGCCGCCCGUACUCCUGCAGACCCAAAGUCCGCGUUCCUGCGUGCCCAGUUGGGCGCACUAGCGUCGACUGCGCCAACUCAGAAGGCAUCCGGCUCUGGCGAUAUGCCGUCGUCGGCGAAUGUCGCACCACCCACCCCUGUGGCAGCUGAGGUUGAGAAAGCGGCGGAGAAGGGCGUUUGUGCCGCAAUUGCCACCGGCGGCGGCCCUGUUGAGGAGGUCCCCCCCGACGCGGAUAUCGCUGCCAUACAGGCCCAUCUGGAUGCCGCCAAACCCCGAACACUGGCCAUCUCCAACACGGCACAUGUGGAGCCUUCGGCGGGUUCCGUCGCCAGUUCAGCAGAGCCUAGUGCGAUCGGUGAGGCUGUCGGUGAAGGAAAGGCGAAACGGAAGGGGAAGGCGGGCUCACAGAGGAAGACGCGGGAGAGGUCGGAGGUGAAGGCGGCGGAUAGAGGGAAGGCGAAGGCGGCGGAGACGGCGGCGGACAAAGAUGGUGGAGGCAAUACGUUGAUGAAAGGGAAAGCGGGGGAGCAUCAGGAGAAGUCGCUCGGCGAGGGUACGUCGACGGGGAGGAAGGGGAAGGACAAGUCGGAGGAGGAAGAGGAGGAGGAGGAGGAGGAGGAGGAGGAGGAGGAGGAGGAGGAGGAGGAGGAGGAAGGAAAGGGCAAGGAGAGGAGGGGUCAUGGCAUCCGACACGACAGCUCGGGCGACGGGCAAGGGUGGGUCGGCGAGAUUAAGGUGCACGGCAUCAAUCGAUACAUCGGCAAGUCGCAUGACAAGAUGGAGCUCGCGUACGUGCACUCCAUCGCGUACGUCGUCUACGACGGUUUCGUGAGCAAAGUGCUCAUGUCUGAGCUCACCGCCUUGGACAGCGCCGAAUUGGGGAGGUGGAAGGAGGUGUGGGAGGAGGUCAAGAUCUUGCCGACAGGGAUGUGGACGGUGAUGUGGGCCCGGGGUCGCGUGUCCAUGUGCGCGGCAUAUGGGGAGAUCGCUGCGAACGCGGCGAAGAAGGAGGGAGACAAGGAGGACAAGACGGCUAUGGCGGCAUGGGCGUUAGCAGCGUCCGCAUGCGCUGUGUGGUGCUUCGUCGAGAACGGCGAAUCCCAGGUGGCGGAUGCUGUGGAGGAAGGGAAGGCGGCGGCGCUUGUGUGCGGAGCAAGCCAGGCGACCGCCGAUGUAUUCGGAACUGUCAUGGAGGCGGUGCUGGACGUCGCGAUCAACAGGGACCGCCCCAUGGGAGAGGUUGCGUACAACGUCGAGCAAGCGCUGCAGAGGCACGCCCUUGACAAGGUCUACCCGGUGGGGAAUGCUGGCGUCGAUGCCGACGUGGUCGCUAGAGCCACGGUCGAGACCAUGGCGUUCUGGGGAAUGUGCCCCGUCGCCGGGCCGAAACUCAAAGCGAAGGAUAUCGCAGUGCCGUGCGACGCGCAGAUGAAGGCCGACCUUGACAACAGGGGGAUGAAGGGUCAGAGGGGCAAGAAGGGGACGAAGGCCAAGGGGGGCACGGGGAAGAAGGGGACGAAGGCCAAGGACAGCGCGGGGAAGAAGGGCCAGAAGGGGACGAAGGCCAAGGACAGCACGGCGGCCUAG